GAUCAACACCGUACCCAAACACUUGUACUUUCUCGCCUCUCUCUCUCUCUCUCUCUCUCUCUCAGAGCUGUCUGAAUUGAAUCAGAUAAACCCUUCCAAAACCCUAGAACGAUGUAUGGUAGAGCCAGUAGUAAUAAAAGAGAAUGAUGAAACGAGUGUGGAGGAUCUCAGACGCAGCACAAGCAGAGCUGUUCCUCCACAGGAGCUCUGCAAAACCCAAAACCCUAACAAACCCUUUACCCAUUCUAACCAAAAUCUCCACCCAAAGAUUCAUUCGAGAACUCUACGCAUCCCAAAACCCUAAACCCUCUUCCUUCUCAUUCCCGAAUAUAAUCGGCUUGUUCGCCAACAAGUGGAGUUGUGCCGACAUUAGAGCCAGAGAAGAUCUCUGCGUUAAGGUCUCGCUUUUGAGAGACGAAUUGCUUCAGAGUGUCGAUGAUGCUGAUGAGAUUGUGAGGGUUUUGGAAGAAAAGGGGGUUUCUUUGUUCAAGAUUCAUUCGGAUGGUUCUGCUUUUGUUGAGCUGUUGAAUCAGUUGCGUUCUUGGCCUCCGUUAGCCAUAGAGGUUUUUAAUUGGAGAAGGAGACAAACAGAUUUUAGCAUUCCAAUGACAGCAGGGGAAUAUGCCAAGGGUAUUACAGUUGCUGGUAGAAUGAGGAAUGUUGAUCUUGCACUUGAAUUUUUUACAGAGGCUUCUAACAAGAGAUGCAAGGCAACCUCUACAUACAAUGCACUUAUGGGUGCUUAUAUGUUCAACGGUUUUGCUGAGAAGUGUCAGUUGUUGUUUCGAGAUUUAAAGAGGGAUGCAAAUUGUAUUCCUUCAAUUGUAACAUAUAAUAUACUUAUUUCCACCUUUGGGCGGUUGAUGUUGGUAGAUCACAUGGAGGCAACCUUUCGCGAGAUAGAGGAUUUAAAUCUCUCUCCCAAUUUGAGUACGUACAAUAAUUUGAUUGCUGGAUACAUUACAGCUUGGAUGUGGGAUAGUAUGGAGAAGACCUAUAGAAUUAUGAAAGCAGGCAAUGUAAAGCCUGAUAUUAUCACCCACUCCCUAAUUCUUCGAGGGUAUGCACAUUCUGGAAAUUUGGAAAAGAUGGAAGGGAUAUAUGAAUUGGUAAAAGAUCAUGUUAGUCAGAACGAAACUCCAUUGAUCAGAUCUAUGAUAUGUGCAUAUUGUAAAAGUUCUGACAAAAGUAGAGUUAAAAAGAUUGAGGCUUUGUUGAGGCUCAUUCCCGAAAAUGAGUAUAGGCCUUGGUUGAAUGUGCUAUUGAUUAGGUUAUAUGCACAAGAGGAUUUACUAGAGGGGAUGGAGAAUUCAAUCAAUGAGGCAUUUGAGCAUAGUACCUCUGUAACAACUGUUGGUGUGAUGCGUUGUAUCAUUGCAAGUUAUUUCCGAAGCAAUGCAGUGGACAAGCUUGCAAAUUUUGUAAAGCGUGCAGAGUGUAGUGGGUGGAGAAUCUGUAGGUCCCUGUACCACUGCAAGAUGGUCAUGUAUGCAUCACAGAAGCGCCUUGCCGAAAUGGAGACAGUCCUUGAUGAGAUGGAGAAUUUGAAUUUCGUUCGCACAAAAAAGACAUUUUGGAUACUAUAUAAGGCAUACUCUAUAUGUGGUCAAAAGUAUAAACUUGAGCAGGUGAUAGGAUUGAUGUGCAAGCACGGCUAUGGAAAUCCUUUGGAUACACUUACUUCAUAGUGCACCUUUUGAUUGGAUAGCACGUAUGUGCUGAAACAGUCGAGCAGCAUUCAUCUAAUAUCUGUGAAUGCAAAUGUUUCACUACAUCUGUAGGAUGAAAUACAGAUUCAUCUAGUUCAAUGGUAAACUUCUUACCUUUUGUUAACUACUCCAGUUAUUGAAACUUCUUUUGUAUCAUGUCUUUAUCUUUCACACUUGCUGUGGGUAGUUAUACCUAGGAGACCAUUUUGUUUAUUAUGUAGUCUGUAGUUUAUAAUGCUAUUGUUUCAAGAAGUAUUUAAUAAUGUGACACUUUAAAUCUUUCUCCAUUCACAUGUUGUUGGCUUGCAAAAGUAGAAGGCAUCUUUUUGGUUUGAUGACUCAUGUAAAUCCUCUGAUUUCUAUGUUUAUGCACUGGCAUAGUGGCAUGUUUGCAUUAGAUAUAAAUAUUAUAGUAUACACUUCUCUGCCUAUUCAUCAUGUAACAUCUUUAAAUUCAAUGACAUUUGAUUGUGUAGGGUACAAGUGUAUAGACCUUCCAUAUUUAAAUACUUUCCUAGAGGUGAAAAAGAAAAUUUUCGGCUGCCAUGAUGGAACAGACUAUCAAACUUCAUUUUCAAGUUUCAUUCCCAUGUCCAAAAGCACAAAUUGUUAAUGACCUUUUUUUAUCCCAAUACUUGCGGUCAACAAUAUUGGAAAUAUAAAUCAGUUUAUUGAUUUCAGCAGAUCUAAAACAUCAUUUCCAUCAUACUAUGAGAGAUUAGUCUUUCCUUAUUAACUCAAUUUAUUUACUGUCUCCUUCGGCUUUUAGUUCUCAGAAUUGUGCUUGCUCAAAACUAUCUAAGACUUAUAUAUUUACCCCAAAAAAUAAAAUUAAGACUUAUAUUAUUAUCUUGUAGCUUUACUUCUGACCUCUUACGUUCUUGAUUUUUUUUUUUCCAUGGAUUAGUUCUCCCCCAACACAGACUCACAGAACAACCUGGCAAUAGCCGUGAAUUAACUAAAAUUAAUUGUCAUUAUUCUGUUAAAAAUAGAUAACCUGCGCACAUAUUUCAGCCAUGGCUGGCCUUAUUUCCCAAGAUUUGCAAGAAGAUGUGCUGCAUCAGGCAUUGGACCUUUCUUGAAACUAUUGUGCAUUUUACGAGUGUCUUUUGGCACUUGCGUGACAACUUGUGACUAUAUUACAAGGUUUCAGGUCACAGAUUCGGAUUAUUCUAGUGUGAGCUUGGGGUGAAUGCAAUCUUAAAUCUGCAAGGCUUGCUUUUGUAGAACAACUUGUGUGAUAUGUGGCCAUAAAUAUAACAAGUCAAUUGAAAGAAAGGUUUGGAACCCACCACUUGCUAGGUCUCAUGGGCAGCUUAGGUGCCAAAAUCAUCCAGAUAAAAUGAUGUUAGCCGCUCAAAUCUCAGUACGCCUCGGAUGUUGUGAAAUCUUUUGUAAUUGUCUCAACAAGAGUAUGCGAAUAAGAAGUUAAAGUUAUUAAUCCAGCUGAUUUGUUUAUUUUAUUUUAUUUUAUAUUGACCUUCUAAGUGGGACUUAUUGCUGUUGGGACUCCAUUCUCAGUUUGUUUUUGUCAUUUAAAUUGGUGAGCCGGAUUCCAAUUUGACUUUGCUGAAGAGUUUUCUUGGGCCUAUCCAUCAUUGCAGCUUGUCUUCUUUGGCUAUCUUAUAUAGUUAUGUAGCUCUAAUCCCGGUUUUGAUCAUGAUAGGUUUUUGAACCAUUUUGUGGUUCAUAUGAACUUGUCUUUUCUACCUGAGAUUGUUGUCUUUUGGUGCUCGUAUUUAACCAUGUUGUUGUUGGACGUACCUCCCAAACCAUCGCCCAUCUUCAUCCAUGGUCUCUGGUUGAUUUUGUUAUGGUCGUCUUUCAUUCAAGUUCUGCAACUUCCAUCCAUAAUUGUAGUUUCACAUGUAAUGGUCCUUUAGUCUUUCCUUUUGGUACCAAGUCUUUUGUAUGUAAGAUAAUUUAUGAGGAACCCUAUCAUUAAAAGGUCCACCAAUUUGGUUGUGACUAUGGUGGAGGUUAGUAACUCUAGGGUUGAAACUUGGGCAAGUUGAACCCAAGCAACCCGGAAUUUUUCUGUGCUUGGUAACAUUUUUCAGUCUUUGGGUCACAUUUAGAUAUAUGUCUAUAUUACACACACUUCUUUGCUAUAUGGGGCCAUAACAGCAUUCUCUUCUUUGAAGCUUCUCUCAAAUUGUCUCUUUUAGCUUGGUAGCUAAGUCCUCCAAUGGCAGAUCACAAACCAAAAAUGGAUAUUUCCAUCGCCCAGAAUGUUUGGCAGUAGCAUAUUUGUUGCUUGCUUUGUUGAGGUAUCAAAUAUCAGAUCGUUUGUAUUGAUUAUCUUGUAUUAUUAUACAUAAUAUAUAAAACCCUACAACAUAUUUGUAUAUAUAGAUUAACAAACUCUGUCAGGCAAAUAAAUCACUCUUGUUCAGGCCGUUGGCCUUUGCACCAAGGUUGUUAAAAUCGAGAUCCUAAGUAGGAUCGGUGAGAGGGUCCGGUGGAUCGAAUUGAGGAUCGUAAGAUCCUACUUUCUAUUAAAAAAAAAGAUAAAAAUAAAAUUAAAAUGAUACAUAUUAAAAAUAAGGUGAAAAAUCAUAAAAUCUAUGAUCCUACUUGCGAUCCCAUACGAUCCUACAUGAUCCCAUGCGAUCCUACACGAUCCUACUUGCAAUCCUGUUAUAACAUCGAUCCUACAACGAUUUGGAUCGUUUUAGCAAUGUAGGAUCGUAAGAUCGUAUGAUCCUACGAUCUGGAUCGCGAUUUUAACAACCAUGCUUUGCACAUGGACUCUAGAUGAACUGCUGUGGUCUGGCUAUGGAACUCCUCCAUGUAGGUGGUCUCGCCAUGGCAUUCAUAGAAAUCUGAAGGGCUUUCAACGAAAUAUUCUUCCCACGAUGUAAUCUGGAUGUGUAUAACAUCAACAAGGAUAGAAAGAACUACUUCUUGGACAAUGCAAAUGCAUCGGCUAGAGUUGGUGUAUAAGAAAUGGCUGUAGUUUUCUGAUGAACCAUGGCUACCAAAAUCCGUUGCAGUCAUGAAGUUGGUGUGUUUGUUUUGCACGAAAUCCCAGCCCAUUGUAGAAUACGAGGACACAGAAUUGAUGUUCAAAGUUUUGGGAGUGACAGAAACAGGGAAUGCAACAUUUGCAAGAUCAUUUCAGCCAUCAAUCAAAUACAAUGUCUAUUUUGGCACGGUUGAAGCACAAGGAUUGAAUUAUCCGCUGGAAGUAAAGUAUUGCAGAUUGAAUUGUCUAGAAUCAGUUCUUGCCAUUGCUGGAACUCUAUUCUAGAUGUUGUAGAAUGUUUCAGUUGGGAAUUCUUUCUUUGUUACCAAUUUAAAUCCAUUUUUUAUUUUAUUUUUUGGGAGUUGCUAAUCCCAACAAAGAAUAUGUUGAAUCCAAUAAAUGGUAGCAGGAACUUUAUUUCAACGACAUUGUGGAAAUCAGUUACUUAAUUGCUAACAUGUUCUGGUUUUUCUUUUC